CGUUCACCCCAAUCUAGGAACCACCCCAAUCUAGGCAAAUAUUCGAUACAUGGGAGUCUUUGGCUAUUGUAAUCCUUCAAAAUCCGCUGCUCAACACGAGCUGUGGCUUGGACAGAUGAGCCGACUUCGCGCUUUUUCAUCCUUCAAACAGUUUUUGUUGUUCGUUCUGGGUGGUUGCUUGGUUUUGAGGGGGACUGAGGCUCCAUGCCCCCCAAUGGGGGAUGAUGUGCUGGGCUUUGGGAGGCUUCCACCACUUCCGCGAAAGCGGCGGAUUCUGCAGGUCAGAGCAAGCUAACGCCGGUUUGCAGGUCACUGCCCUGGGGUCACGCUUCACAGAUCAGAUGUUUCUUGUUUGGGGAAAAUUGUCAGUUUUCCUGAUGAACUCGAAGUGCAUUUGGGAAUGGAGCACCUGCCAGGGUGCAAAUGGUCACUUGGUUUUGGCCCAACGGCUCAAGGGAUUUCCGUUGAAAUCAGAUGCGCCAACAGCUCCAACAAAGAGAAAUACCUCUUUGUGAUGGGGUGUGGAGCGAGUACGAGGCCAACGGAUUUUCACAAGCUCGUACCGGUUCAAGACCUGAGGAUUCGCCAUGCAUUCCUUGUCGAGACAAAGCUCGAGGAGCCGGUGCCACCGGUGUCCGUCCGACAGACGCAAAGUCCUUCGCCGCAUGCACGAGCCAAACUGGUGAAGUUCAAGAUCCCUUUGCACCUUCCAGAAGAGUUGCAGGUGGGCGUGGACGAGGAUGCUUUGGAGAGCUAUCGCUCCUGGACAGCGGACUGUGACCCUAACAGGGUGUCGGGGCAUGCACUCCCCCCGGGGGUGCCAGAGCACCAGAUGAACAAUGAGAAUGUAUCGAGGUUCCUUCGGGGAGCUCAACGACAUCCGCGUGCCUUCAGAGUGGUCGUUGGGAGGGUAGAGACCAACUGAGCCUGGUGCAGAUGAAUACUCUCUGUGAUGUGUAGCCACAGAGGUGUGGAACGCUUGAUGGCUUUCGGAAAGGGAACACGCACGUGUGCUACUAUAGGUGGAGGAAGCGUAGAAUCUACAUGUUGCACGGUUGGUCUCACAAAACCGAAAGCAUUUUUGGAUCCACACGGAUAGGUGUUCAGGCCAAAUGAGGCUGGACUCUUUUGAAGCUUUUUGCUCAGUUGUCUCAGGCUUUCUGGAAGGUUGACUGGUGAGACACCGUCCACUUCGCUCUCAGAAGGUUGAUGAGUCCAUCCAAAACGAUCCAAGGAUUGGAGUUCCAAUGAGUUUGGUAUUCUUUCACAUGAUGGCUUGUUCGCCCCAAUUCAGUUCAAUUCACUUCGUUUUUGCUCUGACAAGGUCGGCCUGGUUCUCUCCUGAUCGUAGCUUCGCGAACUGUGAAGGUUCCUGCGAUGCGAAGGUUCAAACAGUGUGGCAUCUAGCUCGCUGAUGUCUUUGGGAUUGAAGCUUGGCAUGUGCUCGCGAAUAAGGCAUCCCACCAGGUAUGAAGCCAAAGCUGCCGUGGUCGUGUGAAAAACGCCAUGAACCUUUUCCCCACAAAGGACGUUGAUGUCCAAAACCC